CGAAAAAUGAAACUGGUAUAUACAAAGAAAGGACUUGAGUUUAGAAAGUCUUUGAAGUCAGAUAUCGAAACUCAACAAUUCAGAGUUUAUUCCCCAAAACUAUUCAGGAAAAAGAGCUCCAAGUUUAAAUUGAGUUCUUUCUUAAAAGAUGAUGGUAAUGAAAUAGAGAGGACGUUACAAUUUCCAGACUUUGAGAAUGUCAACGUUGAGUUGAUCCAGACAGAAAGAGGAGAAAUCAAAGAAAAACCUUAUUCACUUGUCAGCGAGCUCAAAACAAAUAAAUUCAAGAAAAAAUUUAAACUUUUUCUUGACAAGAGAAGUUCUUCAAGGCUGAGAGAUAUGUUGAAGGAUGUUCCUACUCAUUUACAUAAAAAUGCAUCUAAAGAAAUGAUUUUGCCUCCGAAGAAUCCUCUUCAUACUAGCUCUUUCUUGGAGACAAUUGGAACAGUGGAGUCUCCAUCUCAUUGGAGAUUCUUUGAAAACAAAAGGAAGUCAAUGCCUAAAAUAUUUAGUCCUGAUCAGAGAAUCUCAAGAAGGAACUCAAUCAGUCCGUCUGUUAUAGAUGGUAGACACUUUUCUCCUGAAUUAACUAGAAGCAGCUUCAACAACAUCGAGAAUAAAUUUCCUUUCAAUGUAGAAAAGAUCUUCAGAAAACAUUCCCAGCAAGAAGCUAAGAGACAAGUAAUCAGCCUCAUUGUACUCAGACAGAGAAAACUCAACGAACUCAAACAAAACCCCCCUAAACUCCCUGAAUACUACACAAAACUAGAGCAAUCCCUCACAAAAACCCUGAAUAAAAAAGACACAAGCAAAGAACGCUAUAAGCAAAGAGUCUCAAAACUCCACCACAAAAAGUACCAAAAGCAAUGGGAUUCCCUCCAGCUAUUCUCCAAACUCUCAAAACCCAUCAGGAAGAAGUAGUCUGAUUUUCAGAUAAAUUAGGUUGAACUUCAAUUUUCC